UUUCAAGGCAAGAAGGCAGGAACAAGUAACGUGUCGCGUGCCGCUGUCGUCCUCCAUCUAGUCGUCGUUGUUGUCAUCGUCACUCUUUGGUAUUACAACCACUUCGAUGAAGAGUCCUGUGGGCACCACGCUGCUCGGCCUGCUGAUAGUGGCGGUGUUCGGGGCGGCGGCCGCCCAUAUCGCUUAUAGGUCAGGCCAACCCCGACCCUUCUCGCCCAAUGAGGAAGGAAUCUACUGGGACAAAGAGACGCCCUUCCUUGAUGCCCAGAGCGACCAGAGUGACCAAGACGUUCCAGACCAAUCUGAGCCACUGCAGGUGUGGGAGAAGCGCGGAUUCGGCUCCAUGAUGCCUGCCUACCUGCUGCAGCUGUACCGCCCCGACCAGCAGAUCAUCAAUCCGUCCCUGCUCUUCCGCUCCUCCCAAGGUCGUGUCAGGGACGCCUACACUGGCCAAGGAUGAGCUGAGGACCGCCCCGCUCCUCCUACAUGCACACAGUCACCCUGAACUCGCCGCCAUCCCGACAGAAGCAAACAGUAUUAGCUGAGUUUCUUUUUUUCUCCUUUUUCUCCUUCCGUUCCUCACCCUCCCUUCAAGCUCCGUCCUUCCGUUCCCUUCCCUCUGCCCUGUCUCCCUUUCCUCCUGCCAACCAUCAGCACUUUAGAAGAUUGUCCAUUGGAAAAAAAUUUGUUUUAAAUCCCCUCUAACAAUCAUUUUACCUUCCUCUGCGUUGCUAUCUAGACAGACACAUUAUUUUUCCAAAUUAAGAUGCUGUUCGUCUGUAAUCUGUGACGCUUAUUCUAGUGUUGCGUUUCGUAUUAGUUUUGUGUUUGUGUUUGUUAAUUUAGAUGAAGUGUGUGUGUGUGUGUGUGUGUGUUUUCUGUCUAAUGGAUGAAGUGACAGGCAGUGCCGAGCUGCAGCGUUCACGGUUUGUUCCCCGCUCUUCCUUUUCUGCAGAAUUCUCUCUGGAUUCUCAAAUAAAUCGCAAUUCACACCAAAA